AUGUGCCAAAGCAGUACAGAAACAUCAUCAGAAACAUCACCAGAAACAUCAUCAGAAACAUCAUCAGAAGCAUCAUCAGAAGCAUCAUUUAAAACGGCUUCAGAAACAGUACCAGGAACAACAUGGGAAACAGCACCGGAAACGGCAUCAGGAACAACGUCAGAAACCUCAUCAGGAAGGACAUCAGAAUCCCAACUAUCUUCCUCUGUUUCUGUUGAAGAAAGUGAAGAGGAUGAUGAGGAUGAUGAUGAGGAGGAUGAGGAUGAUGAUGAUGACGAGGAGGAUAAUGAGAGAGAUAAUAAUGAGCCUCCAUCUGUUAUGGGAAGUCGGCCCAAAGAUGCAAAAGCAAAAAAAAUCAAAGCUAAAGCCAUCGCUCCUCAGCCUGAAGACUCAACAAGAAAGACUUCAUGCGGAAAGUCAGACAGGCAGAAGAAGAAAUCCAUGCUCCGAAAAAAGGCGCGCCUCCUCCUAGAGCAACUGAGGAGUCUUGUGAGCAAGGAAGAUCCUAACAAGAAAUACAGGCGACUGCAAAAAAUUGGUGAAGGGGCAUCAGGAAGAGUUUAUCGCGCACUUGAGUUUGCCUCAGGACGAGAGGUGGCCAUAAAGCUAAUGAAAAUCACGGACACGCCAAUAAAACAAUUAAUAGGAGAAAUCCUGGUCCUGAAGGAAAAGAAGAAUGCCAAUAUUGUGAACUAUUUAGACAGCUACCUAGUCCGUGAUGAGCUCUGGCUGGUGACAGAAUACAUGCCUGGAGGCUCUUUGGCCGAUCUCAUUAGUGUCAUAUGUCUGGAUGAAGGACAGAUAGCAACUGUCUGCAGGGAGUGCCUGCAAGCUCUGAAUUUCCUUCAUUCAAACAACAUCAUUCAUAGAGACAUCAAAAGUGACAAUAUCCUCCUUGGACUGAAUGGAUCUGUCAAACUGGCUGAUUUUGGCAUCUGUGCUCAGCUCACCCCUGACAAGAGUAGGAGGAAAACACUAGUCGGGACUUUUCACUGGAUGGCACCAGAAGUGGCCAGACGAGAAGCAUAUGGUCCUAAAGUGGACAUCUGGUCACUUGGCAUCACAAUAAUGGAAAUGGUGGAAGGAGAACCUCCUUACUAUGACGAAAGUCCUCGCAGGGUAUUAAAACUGAUAGCCCGAAACAGAGUACCAAAGCUGCAGGACCCCAGGAAGCAGUCCCCACUCCUCUGUGACUUUCUGAACUGCUGCCUGGAGGUGGACGCGAAUAGGAGAUGGUCUGCCAACGAGCUUCUGCAGCAUCCAUUUUUAAAAUUAGCCAAGCCACGCUGCAGCUUGACUCCCCUUAUCAUCACAGCGAAGGAAUUGAGAAAGAGGAGCAAGCGCUAG